AUGAGUAUAACAACUAAUUCAUUGAAAUCUUUAAAGUUCACUAAUUCAGAAUUAGAAAAUAUUUUAGAAAAUUUUGGAGACGGUUCUUAUCCAACAUAUAUGCAGAAUGUGAAAGAGUUUUCCAGAUUGUUGAAUGAAUUUAAAUAUAACGGACCAAUUACUAAAAAGGCUAUAAUGAGAUAUUUAUAUCCCAAAAAAGUUGAAAAACAGGAGAAUAUUCCUCUUUAUGGUCCAGAGGACCUGGGCUCAGAGAGCCUUGAAACACCUCCUGAAUAUUUUGAAGAAAAAAUCAAACAAGAUGAAUAUUAUAACGAUGAGAUUGAGAAAUUGGAACAAUUAAGAAAUGAAAUAGAUGAAAAAAUUAGUGAAUUGAGAAAUGCUGAGAAUGAAGUAGAGGGUUUAAUGAAUAUCCCAGCUUCAGAAUCAGCAGUUCAAAAAUCACAUGAGGAAAGAUAUAAAAAUUACUUUUUGGAAUCUACUAAAAAUUUAUUAGAUGGUGAUAUUGACGAAACACUUUCAGAAGAAGGCACAAAAUUUAUUCAUAAACAUAAGUUACAAUUUAUUGACGAUGGAGAUUAUCCAUGUAUAUUACUUUCACCUCCUCUUGAUUCUGAAAAAUUCAAAAAAGCACUGA